UGGAGCCUGUGGAGCCUGUGAAGUGUGUCGCCUAACAGACUCUGCUGAGGGUGGUAAAAACUCUCCUCUUUGUUUUGUAAGUGGAACGUCUUCUUCUGACACGUGACGUGCCCAGGCCGGAACUCGGUGACGUAGCAGCACAACAAAGAUGGCAGGGAUAGGAGGCAGCAGCUACUGGGAAGAUCUGCGAAAGCAGGCCCGUCAGUUGGAGAAUGAACUCGACCUGAAGUUGGUGUCCUUCAGUAAACUGUGCACCAGCUACAGCAGCUCCAGGGAUGGACGUCGAGGAGAGACGUCAGACACCACCCCUUUGCUAAACAACUCCACCCAGGACAGGAUGUUUGAUACCAUGUCAGUGGAGAUCGAACAGCUGCUGUCCAAACUGACUGCAGUGAAUGACAAGAUGGCGGAGUACACUAAUACCCCGGGUUCAACUUCUCUCAAUGCCGCACUCAUGCACACGCUCCAGAGACACAGAGACAUCCUACAGGAUUACACACAUGAAUUCCACAAAACCAAAGGCAACUUCUUGGCCAUUCGGGAAAGAGAAGACCUGCUGGGGUCUGUCAGGAAAGACAUUGAGACAUACAAGAGUGGCUCCGGGGUCAACAACAGAAGAACAGAGCUGUUCCUAAAGGAGCACGAGCAUCUGAGAAAUUCGGACCGACUGAUGGAUGACACGAUAAGUAUUGCCAUGGCAACCAAGGAGAACAUGACCUCGCAGCGUGGCUUCCUGAAAUCCAUACAGAGCCGGGUCAACACGCUGGCCAACCGUUUCCCAACCAUCAACAAUCUCAUCCAGCGAAUAAACCUGCGGAAGAGGAGGGACUCCCUGAUCCUCGGCACAGUGAUCGGCGUCUGCACCAUCCUCCUCCUGCUCUACGCCUUCCACUGAAAGCCUGCUGAAUGUUUAAAGGAGCCGCACUCGACGUGCUCUCUGUAACAUGGGAUACCCAGAGACUAAGCUCAGUGAUUGGAUAACCCGAGGCUCCUGAGCAGGGGGACAUUCAGUUGGUCCAGAUCUUGGACGGGAACAGAUUUGGCCAACAAGAACUACUGAACUUGUAUUUAGCAGUGGGACAGAUGGAGGGCUGCCAACAAGUGAAUGGAGACCAAAAGUAUAAAAUAAGUCUAGAUUUUAAUUAAAUAUAUUGACAACUCACUGGAGAGUGUGAAGAGACUGAGAGAACGUGUGAUGAUCAUCAUUAUUUUCCACAGGGAGGAUUUUUAGUUAAAUUGUCCUUUUUAAUGGAAGUGGGAUGGAGAGUUCAUUGUGGGCUGUAUAAUGUGAAAUUAAUAAAUUAUUCAUAUCAGUAUGUGUAAACAAGUGUGUGGUACUACUAGAUACUGAACAUUUAACGCUUUUGUGAAUAUGCUGUGAACUCUACAUUUCCGACCGCCAGGAUGUAACAGCAGGGCAUGUACAAAUAUAUUUUGUUUACUACAUUUCCAUUUAAAAAGAAAUUACUGUUGUGUUUUAUGUGAAAGUAAAGCCAUCCAGGCACUCCAAAAUGUAAGAAAAGUAGUAUGGGGAGAGAGAAAAGUCUUUCUGGUAACUUCUUCUGACAGUUCGGAGGGCCUGGAUCAGCUUUUAUUCUGGUUUUCACAAUUUUCAAACACCCGACACACCCUUCAUCUACGGUUAAAUAUACAGACCAAUCAGUUAGAUCUCACCCCUAUUUUUGUAUUUGUCUUAUUAUAAAGAGAGGACAAGUGGAGAGGGGCAGAACGAUUGGGGACUACAGUACAUGCUCCCUGGCUGAAAUAUCACCGAUGAUGGUUGGUUAUCGGCAUUUGCAGAACAUGAUUAAUGUUUAAAAGUACAUUUUCCAAAUUCAAAAACGUAAUCCAAAUACUGAACAGCGUCUGUAAAAAAAAAAGAUUCAAUGUAGCAAAUGUUAAUAUUUAACAACAAAAAAAGUAAGGAUAUAAAAAGUAUGAGGUCAAAAUGGAUUGUCAGUUUGAUCAAUUAUCCAAGAGGCUUCAUCCUUUCUGAGAGUGGUAGAGGGGACAGGAUUGCAGCCUGAACACAGUUAUCAGAUUCUUCUGAAAUGGGUAACUUUAUCAAAGUUGUUUUAAAGUGUAAGAUGUCUUUAACACCACACUGCCAGCUCUAUUCACUUUUUAGGUUUCUGGAGAAGAUGAAUGAAGAUGUCCUGCUUUAAUGGUCGGCUGUUGAAUUACUUAUCCGUUCUGCAUGUAUAGUUUGCCUGGCAGAGCCAAUGAACCACUAUUCCAUUUCACUGCACCUGAAGUGCAAAGUGGCCUGUGCGUUUGAAGAUGGGAAAUCAAGCGUUUAUCUGAGAAGGGGUUGAUUGCCGGGUGGGGGGUGACCCUUUAGAUUAAAGUCUUUGUUGGGGGAGGGGUGUAAGAAUGUGAAAGCUUGUGUGUGUGAGAAACAUCAAUGUGUUUUAUGUCUCACAGCAUCAGGCUCACUUCAAUGGACGGAAAAGGAUAAAAUUGGAGUCUUGUCCUCAUUCCUUCUGUUUGAUGCCUUCCUCACAAAGUAAGACUGAAAGUGAAACAGUAGCCAGACAAGCAUAGCCACCAUCCCAUGAAUCUCUCACUUCCUUCAGGAAGGAAGCAAUGUGCUGGAGUCUGAAUUUGGUCCAGACGUGCAUAUGCUGUCGCUAAGACUGCGGAGUUGCUGAAGCAUUGAGCUCCUGAAUAUUUCAGCCAGUCAAACCCAGCGGCGCCGAAGCAGAACUAAGUGCCAGAUAUUCUCACUUAGAAGGGUCGCGCUACAGUAACUUCUGACAAGCACAAAGUCUGUUUUCUUACAGCAUCUGAAAUGUAAGUCUGUGUCUGUAGAAACCAUACACGAGUGGCUUGUUAAAUCUUUCAGUUGAUGAUGGGCUCAAUUGUUUGUAUUGAUGGGCUUAAAAGCUUUUUACGAGGACGUUAAAUAUAGGUAAAGUACAAUUUUACAUUUAUACAACCAAGAAAAAGCUCUCACCGAUAAUGGUUGUAUCUUUUAUUGGAUUUGUUUCUGGAUUGGUGUGUAAGGAUUGCAUCAGGCAGAAACUCUGUGUAUUGUGGAGAGCUGGCUUUAUAUCUAUCACAAUUGCUUUCUUCCCCUUUUCUUCCCAGAGAUGUCUGUAACCCAGUUGUAGCGGCCAUGAUAAAUGGUGUUUGUCUGCCCUGAGGCACAAUGUGUGUCAGACCCGCUGUAGGGACAGGGUUAAGCAAUCUCUUCCAUUCCGUCUCAAUAAAGUGAACAUUACACAUUAAUAUUACUCUUACAGGGUGGCGCGUUUAUUUUCAUUACAAUUGACUUUAUGAUUGGAUUUUUUAAGGAUAAAAUAUUUUCAUUUCACUUAAAUAAUUUAAAAUGGCACAGCACUGAUUUUACUUUCAUGUUGUGCUUCAUACCUGCUAGUGUAGGCUACUAAUGGGCAAUGAUCUGAUAUCAUCGAUACCAAAUGAAAACGUUGAAACACGACAUUAUCUUUAAGAAAUGUCAUAUUGAACAUUUCCAUGGCGUGUCUGUGACAGGGCUCAGAAAUGAGAAAUGUGUCACUUUCAGAACAGGAAACGUGUUUUUAUUCCUUUGAGUGCAAAUCCUUCAGAUGUCUGGAAUAGCCCAUCAAGAAAAUAGCCAAAUCGCAUUUGCUUUUGUGAGUUUAUAUAAAUGUAACUGAUUUAGCUAAAUAUGCAUGAGUUUUGAUGUGCAUUUUACCCCAACAUAAACAUAUAUUUGCUUUAAAAUAAGGCUUGAAUAGGGUCGUCUUCACCUGAAUUAGUGCAUUCUGGAUUUGUUCUACUCUGACUGCAGCUGCAACAUCCAGAAAAAUGUUUGUUUUCUACAAGCUGAGCACGAAAUUCAAAUUUCCAUCACAGUUACUCAUGUUCAUUUAAUUUAGGGAAUCCGGAUUAACAAUAGAUUAAUUGUGCAGCCCUACAUUCACAUACCGUCUUGUUUUCACUGUACAUGUGUAGCUUUUAUUGUGUCCACUCUUAUAUAGUAUGUGUAAGGUAAUUGAAAUAAUAUUUGUACUUUUUAUGAUUUUGAAUGUUUCUAUCUCUCUCUGGAUUAUUA